AUGCGUAAAUGUAUUGAAUUUGCAUUGAAAGCUAGACCAGUGAAACGUUAUAUCCCAAAAGAAAAUUUUCAAUAUAGAAUAUGGUGGUUUAUUACAUCACAACCAUUUGAAUAUUGCAUUUUUAUAUUUAUAUUAAUUAAUACCAUAUCAUUAGCAAUGAAAGUUGAAGGACAACCAAAUGCUUAUGCAGAUGCAUUAGACUAUUUAAAUAUGAUAUUUACUGGUGUAUUUACUGUGGAGUUUGUGCUGAAGUUAACAGCUUUUGGUUUCAAGAAUUAUUUUAGUGAUCCAUGGAAUGUAUUCGAUUUCAUCAUUGUUGUUGGUAGUUUCGUUGAUAUUAAUAUGUCACAUCUUGCUGCGAAUUCAAAAUUCAUCAGUAUAAACUUUUUUCGUUUAUUCCGUGUAAUGCGAUUGGUUAAAUUAUUAAAUCGUGGUGAAGGUAUACGAACACUUCUAUGGACAUUUGUUAAAUCAUUUCAGGCAUUACCUUAUGUUGCUCUACUGAUCAUCAUGUUAUUUUUUAUAUACGCUGUAAUUGGAAUGCAAAUGUUUGGUAAAAUUGCAUUAAUCAAUCCAGAUAGUUCAAUAAAUCGUAAUAAUAAUUUUCAAACAUUUCCUCAAUCAUUGUUAGUGUUAUUUCGUUCUGCAACUGGUGAAGCUUGGCAAGAAAUAAUGUUAAGUUGUGUUAAUGAUCACACUGUCAAAUGUGAUCGAUAUUCAGAUACUGAAAUGAAAGCUAUACGAAGUUUUUUAGAUGAACAACAACAUAUUAUUUUAAUGAAUACAACAUCAACACAAUAUAUUCUGAUAAAACAAAAUGGUAAUAAUUCAACAAAAGUUUCGACACCUUUUGUAACAUCUAUUGAUGAUUCAACAGAAUAUAAUCAACCAUCAGUGUCAUUUUAUAAUCAUGAACGAGAUAAUCAUUCUAUUUGGGAUGUAUUGAAUAAUGGAUUAAUGGAUAAUAAUCAGAAUUCCUUAUUUACUUAUUCACAUCCUUCCACAAUACUUGGAUUAGAUAAUCCUACAAUAGAAAAGGACCGGUCUUCUUCUUCUUCUUCUUCUUCUUCUUCUUCUUUGUUUUCAUCGGUUGAAAAUAUACAUCCUCCAGAUGAUAUUGUUUAUUCAUCAGAUUUAAUAAGUAGAUAUAGACAAAGUAGAGAAAUAAAUGAUAAAAAUGAAACAUUUCCUAUCAUUUCAACACAAUUAUCAUUAUCUUCAUCAUUAAAACCAAUUCAUAAUCAAUUUAUUCAUUCAUCUAUUGAAGAGUUUGAUGAAAGAACAAUUAGUUGGAAGAAAUUAGAUGAAUUAGGAUAUAAUGGACCACGUGCAACAUGUGGAUCAAAUUUUGCUUAUCCAUAUUUUAUUUCUUUCUAUAUGGUUUGUUCAUUUCUUAUUAUCAAUUUAUUUGUUGCUGUUAUAAUGGAUAAUUUUGAUUAUUUAACACGAGAUUGGUCAAUAUUAGGUCCACAUCAUUUAGAUGAAUUUAUACGUUUAUGGUCAGAAUAUGAUCCUGAGGCAAAAGGAAGAAUUAAACAUCUUGAUGUAGUUACACUCCUUCGUAAAAUAUCACCUCCAUUAGGUUUUGGUAAAUUAUGUCCUCAUCGAACUGCAUGUGUAACUUUAGUACGUAUGAAUAUGCCGUUGAAUAGUGAUGGAACUGUCAUGUUCAAUGCAACACUUUUUGCUUUAGUUCGAACUAAUUUAAAAAUAAAAACUGAAGGUGCAGCCAUUGAUCAAUUAAAUGAAGAACUUCGUGCUGUAAUUAAAAAAAUAUGGAAAAGAACAAGUAAUAAAUUAUUAGAUCAACUUGUACCUCCUGCAGGUGGAAAUAAUGAUGUAACAGUUGGUAAAUUUUAUGCAACUUUUUUAAUACAAGAAUGGUUUCGUAGAUGGAAACAAAAAAAAGCUGAAGAACAAAAAGCUUUAUUACAUGGACAAGGGAAAAGACAUUCAAUCAUGCCAUUCAAAAGUUUUGGAAAACCUACAACUAGUUCUCUUGAAACACAAAAUACUUCAAUGAAUAUUUUAUUACCACCAUCUGAAGAAACAAGUAAACGUGGAAGUUCUGGUAGCCUUGGUGAUGGGGAUACGCAUCAUAGUUUGUUAGACUCAGUAAAAAAUGUUAUACAACGAGUAGGUAGUUCAAGACGUCAUUCAGAAGUUUCACAAUGUAAUGAACGUGAAAAAUUAUCACAGCCAUACAAACCUUCAUUAGAGUCAACGGAUAAAAAGUUACCAUUAAUUUCUAAUGAUCAUUUACAAUCAAAUCAAACAUCAAAAUUGAAUACAUCCAAAGUAUUGAUUCCUGAUUAUUUAAAUUCUACAUCACAAAGAAUAAUGCUACCAACAAUUAGUCAAGGUAGUCAUGAAGAUGAAGAUGUUGAUAAUGGUGGAAUUGGAGGUUUGAAUAAAAUAAUGGAAGGAAAUGCUAUACAUAUAGAGAAGUAUAAUACAACUAAUGACAAAUAUUAUUCUGUUCAUCCAAACAAAAGAAUUGAUAACGGAUAUAUAAUUGAUGAUACUCUACCACAGAAACAAUAUUCAAUAAAACCAGCUGAUUGGAACAAUACUAUUUAUACGGAUAGAAAUAAUGUUAAAAAUCGCCCUAUAUCAACAUUACCAUAUGGAUCAAAUUCUGCAUUAUAUAAAUCAACAGACUUUUCAACUAUACCUUAUAUACAAGAAUCAGUUCAUCAUAUUUCCCCAUUAUAUAAAUCAAAUCAUUAUAAUCAAUCAAAAUCUAUCAAUGUUAUAAAUGAAUUACAAAAUGUAACUAAUAAAGGAAAUGAUUUGAUUAAUAUGAACGAAGAAGAGAGUAGAUCUGAAAUAGAAGAAGAAGAAGAGGUAGUAGUCGAAGUAGAAGAUGAUGAUGAAGAGGAUUUAUUUACAACAAUAAGAAGUGAAACACCUAGUCCAGCACCAUCAAUUGCUGCAGCUAUACUUAGACCAAAUUAUUAUUCUAAUUUAAAAGAACAUAGGAAAACAAUUGAUCCUUCAGAUUUUACAGUUUAUAAUAGUAUACCAAGAAAUUUAAUGAUGAAUAAAUUGAUCAAUAAAAGUGGGAAUACUAGUGGAUAUUCUAAUGGUAUGGUUAAUAAGAACUUGGAAGAAUUAUUAGAUUUACCUAAGACUAUUUGGACCGCUUGUUUACCAGAUGUUCAGCCAAUCAAUGGAAAUUCUCAUUCGAAUCGAAGUGUUAAAUAUUAUAAACGUCAACUACCUCAAAUACCUUCAGAAGUUAAUAAAAUAGAUGUUAGAGAUACAUCCAAACCUUGUCAAGUAUCCACGUCUAUAGGAAUAAAAAAAGGAAGAGAUAAUCUAUUAACAGAUGUCUUGAAGAUGAACAAUACAAAAUCCGGUUAUAUGAGUAUACCACAAAAGAAUGAAAAAUCUCAAAUCAAUGAAGAUAUUUCUGUUAUUGUAUAUCAACCACCAUCUAUUGAUCCACAUGGUCCUGCACCUAAUCCACCUGUAUAUUGUUCAUCAUUUCCUCCAUCUAAUCUAUGGUCUUCAAGGCAUAAUAAUAAUCAUAAUAAUAUAGAAUCUACUGAAAUCAAUAAAGAAUUAUCUCAAAUGUAUUUAAAACAAACAACAACUCCAAGACAAAAUUGGUUAAAUCAGAUUUUAAUAGAAAAACUUCUAAGUCAAACGAUCGUUGAAAACCAGGAAGAAAUGAACAGCACCGAUUUCUUAGCGUGCAACACCUCACCAAUGAACAUCCUUGAUCCAGUAUUCAGGAAUCAAACCUAAGACAUUCUACAGUCUGUACAAAUCCCCUUAUAUUUAAAAUCUGAAAAUGGUUGCCAGUUCAUAUUAAUGUUGCUUCACUGACAGCUUAGAAUUUAAUAAUGUUCGACUAUUCGCCAUUUUCAGUUAAUGCAAUCUUUACAACGUCUACCUGAAGUAAAUUUCAUUAAUUUGACUUGAAUUGGAUAGAGUUCGUCAGUCAGUACGUAAUCUUAAAAUAAUUACAAUAUUUGUCUCUAUAACAUGAAAUAAUGCCUCUAAGAAAUUGAACACAGUAGAAUAGGAUGACAAUCUACAUUGGAACAUAAUACAUAUCUUCUAACUGUACGAAUGAACUAGUUUCAUAAACUGUAUUAUUAUCGCCAGGCUCACUCUACACAAUGAUUUGAACAGAGAAGAAGAAAAGGCGCGUAAUAUGCAAAGUAUGCCUUACUCCGAGGCUAGUUUAUGUACAAGUAAAUUGAGGGUAUUUAUAGCAUUUCAGACGGCCCUCAACUUCUGGAAAGUUUCAGAACUCUCAGAAACAUAAUAGCAGUAUAGGUAAUCAUCUAUUCGAAAAUGUGACAGGUGACAUUUCAUUUUCCACAUCUUUCUAAGACACUUCUAUCAACGCUUACUGGAUAAAAUAUUAUCUACUGUUUCCAGGGCCUCUUUUGGUCUGUUUUGUUUUUCGAGGAAUUUUCACGGUCUCCUCAACAGAAUAAAAUAUGUUUUUAGAGAUAACUCGAAAUAUUAUACCAUCCAUUAACUUAAAAAAGUAACAUAUUUCUCAAAGAACCACUCAACUAGAAAAUUCGGUGGGACUAUAAUUUAUGGACGACCUUUCAGCGACGGUAAAGUGACGUGGAGAGUGUCUAUCUACUUGCUAGAGCUAAAUGAGUGUUAUAAAUCAGGGUGAGGAACUAGAGUUACGAUUUACAGUUGAUGGCUAAAAUUAGGAAUUAGAUUUAGGCGUUUUCAUCACAAGCUAAUAUCAUCUAUAAUGCCAAAAGACUAUUCAGCCUAACGGAUGAACGAAUUUCGUGCCAAAAUCCGAGAUCUGUUAUCGUAUGCUUGAUUGGUUCAUCCAGAAAUUAUAGUCUCACCCAAUGCGUUUGAGAAAGUGAACAGAAUGUUAUUCAUAUGGUAUGUUAAAUAAUGAAAAAAAUAUUGAUUUGCUUUAAGAGAAGUCUAAAUUUCCUAUGAAAUAUAGAUAAAGAUGUCAUGAAUAUUCAGAGUUUGACAACGUUGUUGUUCAUAACAACUUUAUAAUCGAAGGAUCUUAAACACAAUCAAACUAGGAGUCAGAAAUAAAGGAGUAUUUUUUGAAAGAUAUUCGAUAAGUUAUGAAGUGUGUGUGUAUGUGAUGUAAACCAACUAGUUAUUGCUAGGAAAUGCUUAGUCCAGUGUACCCAAUGAUAAUCCUAUACUGAUGCAUGACCGAGAACCUUCAGCUUGGAAUUGUCUAGUAAAACCAGUAACGUCAGAAUCUAUUUCAAAGACUUAAAGAACUAUUUAUUUUGAAGAUUUAUUUGUCGCUAUACAUACCAAAACGUGGCACAAAUCCAUGAAAUCACUGUCAAGUGGACUGAGUCAUGUUGGUA